UCAUCUGUAUUACCCGUUUUCUCGACAUCUGCACGGUCUCGAAAGGAAAGGAAUAAAGAUCUCUGCAAUGAAAUCACCGUAACACCGUAACAGGUAUAAAAUGGCAGCAGAGCUGUACCCUACAAAGAAACUGACCCCAGUAUCAGCUACUGCAACUGCCGUCCAGCAAUUCCAGCAACAGAACGUCAGCAACAACAACAAUACCAUUCAGGGCUGCAACUGGCAGGGUCUUUACCCUACCAUCCGUGAAAGAAAUUCAGUCAUGUUCAACAAUGAGCUGAUGGCAGAUGUCCACUUUGUGGUUGGCCCUCCCGGUGCGACACAGAGAGUCCCGGGACACAAGUAUGUCCUGGCCGUAGGCAGUUCUGUGUUCCACGCCAUGUUUUACGGAGAGCUGGCAGAGGAUAAGGACGAAAUCCGUAUCCCUGACGUGGAGCCGCCCUCUUUUCUGGCCAUGCUGAAGUACAUCUAUUGUGAUGAGAUUGACCUCUGUGCUGACACUGUGCUUGCCACCCUCUACGCUGCCAAGAAAUACAUCGUUCCCCACCUGGCUCGAGCUUGCGUCAACUUCUUGGAGACCAGCCUCAGUGCCCGUAACGCUUGCGUGCUGUUGUCCCAGAGUUGCUUGUUCGAGGAGCCUGAUCUGACCCAACGCUGCUGGGAGGUGAUCGACGCCCAGGCCGAACUGGCCCUAAAAUCGGAGGGUUUCUGCGACAUCGACGUCCAGACCCUGGAGAGCAUCCUCCGGCGCGAGACCCUCAAUGCCAAAGAAAUGGUGGUGUUCGAGGCGGUGCUGAACUGGGCAGAGGCCGAAUGCCACCGUCAGGAUCUUCAGCCGACCAUCGAGAACAAGCGCCUGGUCCUGGGCAAGUCCAUCUACUUGAUCCGGAUCCCGACCAUGGCCCUCGAGGACUUCGCCAACGGUGCCGCGCAGUCCGGAAUCCUCACGCUCAACGAGACCAACAACAUCUUCCUGUGGUACACGGCGGCCAAGAAACCGGAGCUCCAGUUUGUCUGCAAGCCUCGGAAAGGCCUCACGCCUCAGAGGUGUCACCGCUUCCAGUCCUGCGCCUACCGCAGCAACCAGUGGCGUUACCGGGGCCGUUGCGACAGCAUCCAGUUCGCCGUGGACAAACGGGUCUUCAUCGCCGGGUUUGGGCUCUACGGUUCCAGCUGUGGUUCCGCCGAGUACCAGGCGAAGAUUGAGCUGAAGAGACAGGGCGUGACUCUGGGCUUGGCCGUCAUCAAGUACUUUUCCGACGGUUCCAGCAACACGUUUCCCGUGUUCUUCGAGUACCCGGUUCAGGUAGAACCGGACACGUUCUACACGGCGAGCGUGAUUCUGGAUGGGAACGAGUUGAGUUAUUUCGGACAGGAAGGCAUGACGGAGGUACAAUGCGGGAAAGUGACGUUCCAGUUUCAGUGCUCGUCAGACAGUACCAACGGUACGGGCGUGCAGGGGGGGCAGAUACCAGAGCUCAUUUUUUACGCUUGAUGGAGACACGAGAGCAGCACUGGUGGUGUAAAACAGUGCUAUUCCACCAUGGCCCUUAAACCCACGAGAUCCACUUUUGCCAUC